CUCUCUUAUCUCAAUUUGAAGUGAGUUUUCCUGCCGAAGAAAGCAACCAGUUCAUCCUAAUCCGCCAUGGAAAUGAAGAAGAUCGCCUGCGCCGCCCUCUUCGCCGCCGCUACUGUCACUGCAGUCGUGGCUUCCGAUGAGUCUCUCUCUCCCGCCGCCGCUCCAGGGCCGAGCAGCGCCGCCUCCGCCACUCUUCCCGCCCUUGGAUCGCUCGUCGGCGCCUCGCUUGUUUCCUUGGUCGCCUACUACUUCAACUGAAUUUCUUUUCUCUUUUUAAUUUUAUUUUUAAAUUUAUUUUAUCGAUUUCCAUGGACGUGUGAUGUGAGGCAAAGUUGAAAAAUAAAAAAGAAUUUUGAUUCAUUAUUAUAUUACAAUUUUGCCCUUAUAUUU